AUGUCUCGAUCUUUAAAAUCUGGUUUUCCUGUUUCUGGGUCCAACGGGUCCAUUUGCAAGAACAGAGCCAUAGGGUAUUAUGGGGUUUCUCCUUCAAUUGUGAAUCUUCAGUUUGCACAUUCAAAAUCGAAGGAGUUUAUGGGAAAGCCCCUUGAAUUUUCAGAUCAGAAAAUUGUUACCAAUUUGAAUACCAAAGCUCCAAGAUACACCCCUGUCAAUGCACAGGCAUCAAUAUGUAUUAGCAGAGCCCUAAGAUGGUGGGAAAAGACCCUUAAGCCCAACAUGAUAGAGAUCCAUUCUGCACAAGAAAUUGUUGAUUCUUUGUUAAAUGCUGGUGAUAGAUUGGUUAUAAUUGACUUUUAUUCUCCUGGUUGUGGAGGCUGCAAAGCAUUGCAUCCUAAGAUCUGUCAACUGGCUGAAUCAAACCCUGAUGCAGUUUUCCUUAAGGUUAAUUAUGAAGAACUUAAGACUAUGUGCCAUAGUCUUCACAUUCAUGUACUGCCCUUCUUUAGAUUCUACAGAGGUGCAGAGGGCAAGUUGUGUAGUUUCAGCUGUACUAAUGCAACUAUCAAGAAAUUCAAAGAUGCAUUAGCAAAAUAUGGGACUGAAAGGUGUAGUCUUGGUCCAGCCAAAGGUCUUGAGGAAUCAGAAUUAUUGGCUUUAGCUUCAACUGGACAGAUUUCAAGAAAAUUACAGUCAGAUUUCACAGAGGAAGAUAAUAAAAUGGAAGAUUUGGUUCUCAAAGAGAUUAUUCCAUCAAAUGCAUAUGGCAAAGACGAGAUUAAAAUGGGAUUUAAGGAAGGCAAUGCAGUAUUAAUGGCCUAA